AUGGAAGUAGACACGGUAGCUAUCAUGUGGCGAGUAGGUGCUGUUUUGAUUUUAGCAGCCGUUUUUGUUGAAGAAUCCUUUGGUGAUUAUGAUGAUGGUCAUCCGUUAGAGCGGCACAAACGCCACUACGACUGUCCCCCACACUGCUAUUAUCGGCCUAGGUACGGACCACCACCACCCCCAUAUUGGCCACCACCUCCGCCCCCACACGGACCACCGCAUCCACCGCCACAAUGGUACCAAUACCAACAGCCGUCAUACAACGAAGCAUACCCUCAAGCUGAAGACAAGUCUCAAGCGAUUCAAAGUCUACCUGACACUCAAUCUCAAGGUCAAGGUCAACCGUGCACCACAUGUGGGCAGAGCUCAGCAGUGAGCAAUGCUCAGAGUGACACUGGGUCUGCUGUUGCUGUUGCCAUCGCUAGAGCUACAGCUAAGGCGAAUUCUAAAUAAUCUUUACUUGUGUUAUUUUAAUCCCCAUCUGCCGGGUCUGUAUUACAACCGCGCCACGCACGGAGCGAAUUAUAUUGAGCGCUUCGACCAAUAAACGGCUAUUGGUCGAAAGCCUCGAUACAAUUCGCGCCGCGUUCGACGCGGUUGCCGUGCAGAGCCUACUGGAAGACACGGCCUUACGACACUGAAACUAUGAUUAAGUACUUGUAUAAUGUAAUCAGGUAAACAAUUAGAACAAUAACGUCCGUUUGCCCUGAUAACGUCAUAAAAAUGUUGACGGAUUCGUAGCCAAUAACCGUCUAAUACGUUUUGCAGUUUGUGUUCUUCUCUUCUUUCGUGUGGGUUGUGAGGUGAAUUACCAACCUCAUCAACCCUGGUGUCAGGGUUACUAUUGAGCCUCCAAAGGCCCCUGACAUGACUCAUAUAACGACUACGUACUUACAACAGUAAGUAGUAACCGGGACCAACGGCUUAAUGCAGUUUGUGUUAAUUCUAAGUUUUCAAUGAGGCACUUUCCAGGCUACGUUCCCCAAUAAAACUGUAGAUGGCGCUGUACAGUUUUGUCUUCGUUUUACCUUCUAAUUUAAUAGAUAACAGACAUAUCUAUGCAUAGUUUAUCUUUGGUUUUGGGUAUAAAAUGAUAACCCUUGUUAUAACACCCAAGCACAUCAUAUCUUCCACCCAUUAUUAUUCUGAUCAAAAUAAAGAGUAGCAAACUAAUUACAGACAAUAUGAUCCAAAUAUCAAGCAACAAUUAUUUUUAUUAUAUGCUUAUGAGGGGAGGCCUGUGCCCAGCUGUGGGUCGCAUAUAGGCUGUUUAUGUAUGCUUAUGUAAUGGACAUUGUAAUUUGGAAUAAUUAUGUACUUACCCGAGUAAAGAGAAAAUAGGUAAUUAUCACGUUAAAGAUGUACAACGCCAUGUUGUUUUGUUGAACGUUGACUGGAAAGUCCUUCAUUGUUUGUUUUCACUUCGUUGUUUAUUAUCGCCACGUUCUUACAAAAUCUAGAGUUUUUUUUUGUAUUUUAAGCGUAUAUAACUAAGUCUCUAGUCUUAUAUGUAAUUAUGUUUGUAUUGUAAUAAACCGUUAAAUAUGAAAUACCUACUUAUUAUUCAUCUAUUAGCGUUUAUUUUGCAUUAUCUAAACUGAGAUUAAAGCCGGCAUGAACUUGA